AUGCAUUGGAUGUCAAAAUUUAAAUUUAAAACUGUAAAGUGUCACAGGCAUUCUACCGUUUUUUUCCUCUUUUCUUUUCCAUCCUUUCUCUUUUCUUUUCCAUCCUUUCCCUUUUCUUUUCCAUCCUUUCCCUUUUCUUUUCUUUUCAAUCCUUUCCCUUUUCUUUUCUUUUCCAUCCUUUCUCUUUUCUUUUUUCUUUUCCAUCCUUUCUCUUUUCUUUUUUCUUUUCCAUCCUUUCUCUUUUCUUUUUUCUUUUCCACCCUUUCUCUUUUCUUUUUUCUUUUCCAUCCUUUCUCUUUUCUUUUUUCUUUUCCAUCCUUUCUCUUUUCUUUUUUCUUUUCCAUCCUUUCUCUUUUCUUUUUUCUUUUCCAUCCUUUCUCUUUUCUUUUUUUUCUUUUCCAUCUUUUCUUUUUCUUUUUCUUUUCCACCCUUUCUCUUUUCUUUUUUCUUUUCCAUCCUUUCUCUUUUCUUUUUUCUUUUCCAUCCUUUCUCUUUUCUUUUUUCUUUUCCAUCCUUUCUCUCCUUCCCCUUCGUUCUCCUUUCCCCUUCUCUCUUCUUUCUCCUUCAGUAAAAGAUAAAGAACUUUUAUAA